CACGGCGCCGUCACUGUGCGUGAUAUCCCUCCGCGGGACAGAAGCGCGCGGCCCUUUCCCUCCGACAACACAGGAUGUGAACGAGCGAAGCGACGAGACGCGUCUCUGCUCCGUGAACGUUCCGCUGCCCGAGAGAGAAGCACCGGGAAACCCGCGCCUCUGGCCCCGCACCCCGCACCGACCCGCCCCGAGGAACACGCACUAUCCCGCUGGGAGCGCUGCGCGGCAACCGACACCGUCCGAGAGAAGAGAGCGCGCCGGGGUCGGAAUGGAGCUCAUCACGAUCCUCGAGAAAACCGUCUCUCCAGAUCGGAUUGAACUGGAGGCGGCUCAGAAGUUUCUGGAGCAGGCGGCGGUGGAGAACCUGACCACAUUCCUGGUGGAGUUGUCGAAGGUGUUAGCAAACCCGGGGAACACCCAGGUGGCACGAGUCGCUGCCGGUCUGCAGGUGAAGAACUCUCUGACUUCCAAGGACCCAGAUGUUAAGACGCGGUACCAGCAGAGAUGGCUGGCCAUCGACGCCAAUGCUCGCCGCGAGAUCAAGAACUACGUUUUACAGACUCUGGGCACGGAGACGUACCGGCCCAGCUCGGCGUCGCAGUGCGUCGCUGGGAUCGCCUGUGCAGAGAUUCCUGUGAACCACUGGCCCGAGCUCAUUCCACAGCUAGUCGCCAACGUCACUGACCCGUCGAGCACUGAACACAUGAAGGAGUCAACUCUGGAGGCCAUUGGAUACAUCUGUCAGGACAUUGACCCAGAGCAGCUGCAGGAAAACGCCAACCAGAUCCUGACAGCCAUCAUCCAGGGCAUGAGGAAGGAGGAGCCCAGCAACAACGUCAAACUGGCAGCGACCAACGCUCUGCUCAACUCUCUGGAGUUCACCAAAGCCAACUUUGACAAGGAGACAGAGAGACACUUCAUCAUGCAGGUGGUGUGUGAAGCUACGCAGUGUCCGGAUACCAGAGUGCGUGUGGCGGCCUUACAGAACCUGGUGAAGAUCAUGUCUCUGUAUUACCAGUACAUGGAGACAUACAUGGGCCCAGCCCUGUUUGCGAUCACCAUUGAGGCGAUGAAGAGCGACAUCGAUGAGGUGGCGUUACAGGGCAUUGAGUUCUGGUCCAACGUCUGUGACGAGGAGAUGGACCUCGCCAUCGAGGCGUCAGAGGCCUCGGAGCAGGGGCGCCCUCCUGAGCACACCAGUAAAUUCUAUGCUAAAGGGGCCCUGCAGUACCUGGUUCCCAUCCUCACUCAGACCCUCACCAAACAGGAUGAGAAUGAUGAUGAUGAUGACUGGAACCCUUGCAAGGCGGCAGGUGUGUGUCUGAUGCUGCUGGCGACCUGCUGUGAGGACGACGUGGUUCCACACGUUCUGCCCUUCAUCAAAGAACACAUCGAACACCCUGACUGGCGCUACCGUGAUGCCUCUAUCAUGGCCUUUGGAUCCAUCCUGGAAGGACCUGAACUCAACCAGCUCAAACCGCUCGUUAUACAG